CACAAGUGUCAAAGGAUGAUGCUUAAAGCUUCAGGAUGGUUUCAAGUGUUGCGUUGUCCUACGUGGUGUGUGUGCGUGUUUUGUCGAGUGCCGCUAAGCCUUGUGAGUCAGCAAUAGCGACGCCAACGCGAGCUGAGCAAAGUCAACAGGUGGCCGGGGAGAUCGGCUAACGGUCUCGCCUCAGUGAGGUCGUCCAGCAGCACCACCACGAUGGUCAUUGACGGCAAGAGCGGCGACGCCGGCUCGCCGCCCGACGGCGCGUCAAAGCGAACUUUCGCCGAUGACAUUUACUCGACAUUCAGCUCACCGCUGGCGUGGAUCCUCGUGCUGGCGCUCGUGGUCACGUGGUUGUGCGUUUUUGUCAUCAUGUUUGACCUGGCGGAUUACAAAACCAUUUCAGGAGGCCUCGGCAGGAUGAGCUCGGACCCGGCUAAGGCCGUCAACGACAUGGUGGAGAGGUCCACCAACACGGUCCAUGCCAUGUUGAAGUUUGCCGCCAGCUUAGUUGCGCCAGAUGAAGACGAUGGAAAUCUCUAUGCUGUGAGGAAAAAAGGGGAGUUCCUGCCAUCUCGAAGUAAAGUCACCAAGAUGCAAGUGAAGAAGUCACGGCCGGCAGUUGAAGAGGUCCACCAGGAUGAGGAAGAGGAGGAAGAGGAGGAUGAGGGGUAUGAGGAGGACUAUGAGGAAGACGACAAGGAAGAGGGUGCUGAAGAUGGAGCUGGUGUGGAUGAAGAGGAGGAGGAAGAAGAGGAGGAGGAGGAGGAGUUGAAGGAAGAAGAGGCGGGCACUGAAGAUGGAGCUGGUGUGGAUGGAGAGGAGGAAGAAGAGGAGGAAGAAGAGGAGGAGGAGGAGGAGGAGGAGGAGGAGGAGGAGGAGGAGGAGGAGGAGAAGGAGAAGGAGGAGGAGGAGGAGGAGGAGGAGGAAGAAGAGGCGGGCACUGAAGAUGGAGCUGGUGUGGAUGGAGAGGAGGAAGAAGAGGAGGAGGAGGAGGAGGAGGAGGAGGCAGCUGAGGAUGAGGUAAGGGAGGAGGAUGAGGACGAUGCAGUGGAGGAAGUUGACGCUGAUGAGGAGGAGGACGAUGGAGCAGAAGCCACUGUAGAAGGGGAGGUGAAGGAGGAGGAAGAUGAGGAGCAGGAAGUCACUGCUACUGCUGAAGAUGAAACCUUCGAACCUCACACUGAAGAUGAAGAGGAGGAGGCUGCUCAGGAUGAAGAUGAGGCCGCCACACCUGAGACUGAUGACGAUGAAGAGGAGCAAGCGGCUGCUGAGGGUGAAGAAGACGAGGCCUCCAAACCUGAGAGUGAUGAAGCUGCCGAAGAGGUGGCGGAGGCAUUUGCUGAUGAGGAAGAUGAGGCCACACCUGAGCUUGGUGAAGAUGACGACGAAGGGGAACAUGCAGCUGAUGAAGAUAAGGAGGAUGGCGAUGAAGAUAUAACAAGGGACGAAGACGACGAUGCCUUCGCUGACACAGAUCUUGCGCUCCCUCUCAGUGAGGAAGAUAAAGAAGACCUUCAUCUUGCUCUUGACGCUGAUGAAGAUGACGAAGAGGAAGAAGAGAGCCAGGAAGAUGAAGGCGUUACUUCUGUCGCGUCAUUGACUGACGACGACGAUGAGGAAGACCUCGCCCACGACGAUGUCACAGACGAUGAUGAGGAAGAUGAAGACAUAGCGCUACCUCCCUCGGAUGAAGACGAUGAUGAAGAUGUGGGCUUACCACCAUUCACCUUGGGUGAGGAAGAUGAGCCUGCGCUUGACCUUAAGGAUGACAUCCAGUUGGCGCCUCAUCAGGAUGAAGAUGAGGACGAUGAGGAGGAUGACUUGCAGUCAGGUAUAGUGGAUGAUAGCGUCCACUUCAUCCAUCUAUGCAUCUAUCCAUACUUUUUGUUUUGCUCUCUUCCCUUCCUGACCGCUCCACACGUGGCUGUAGAUGACAUCAGUCCCGAAAAAGCAGAGGAUGACGAAGAGGAUAAGGUGACAAAGGCCGAAGCUGAAGUGCCGGCAGUGUGUCCCUGUGCAAGUUCUGCAAAGACGCGAGUGUCUGCCGUGAGAAGCGCCAAGAAGAAAGAAUCUAAAGCGAUGAAGGUCACAGAAAAAACCAGAAGAACAGCACUUCCCAGGACUGCCAGUCUGGAGCCAAAAAUGAGACGGAUCAGGAGGAUUCCGACGCUUCUCAAAAAAGCCAAGAAAGAAGAAAAGAGCAAGAAGCCCAAAACAGUAGCACCUGCUGAGAAGGAAAGUCCAAAACCAGCACAAGUACCCGAACCAGUGCAAGACGUCGGUCCUUGCAGACCGGCACCAGUUUACUGCCCGUCUCCUCCGGGCUGGUACGUUCAUCAGAUCGUGACCGACACUCCGUACCCGCCUCCAACCGCCUCAGGUUCCGCUGCUCCGGUUCUGACCACUCAUCCCACCCACCCUCCGCCACUUUACCAACCCCACCCGAUGAUGCCGCCACUCUACCCCCACUACUAUGCUCAGCCUAUGCCACCGGUCAUGCAGCCAUUACCAGAACCAGUCCAACCAGCAGAAACAGUCCAGCCAGUCCAACCAGCAGAAUCAGUCCAACCAGCAGAACCAGUCCAACCAGCAGAACCAGUCCAGCCUGUGCAACCAGCAGAACCAGUCCAGCCUGUCCAACCAGCAGAACCAGUCCAGCCUGUCCAACCAGUACAAGCAGAACCGGUACUGCCAGUUGAACCGGUCCAGGCGGUCGAAACCGUCCCAUUAGAAGCCACAGAACAAGCAUCUCCCACUGAGCCCAAAGUCGAGAAAGUCGGCGUGAAAGCAGAGGAAGCAGAACCAGACGUAAAAGCAGAGAAUGUCAAAGACGCGAUGGGAUCGUCUGCAAAGAAAGAAGCCAAGAAGAAAAAGACGACUGAGGAUCACAAAGAUGACGGGCUCAAAAGAGACAAAACCAAAGCUGGCUCUACAAAGACAGCUGUAAAACCACAAAAAAGUGCUGCAGCUCUUCCAAAGAGAGAUGCUGCAGUGGCAAGACGGAAGAGAAGCUCCACAUCUGCCUCAAAGACAGAUGCUGUCAAGAGCAAAACAAGGACUUCUUGUUCCUCUGCAGCCAAAAAAGAAGGUCCAAUUCCAAGUCCUAAGGCAGCGGAAUCGUCACCGCAGUCCACCAAGCUGAGGGUGGGACUGCCGGACACGAUGAGGAAGACAAAUGUGACUGACAAGCCUGACAAAUCGUCGCAAACAACCAAGACAAGAACAACAUUACUGAAAAGCAAAAAAGACAAGGAACCUUCGCAAGCCAAAAAGUCAAAAGGUGAAAGUGAAGAAAAGAAGAAACCAGGUCAAAGAUACUUCCAGUGUGUUUACGUACCCGGCAAAAAUGCGCAGUAUCCCCUGCGACCGUUCAGCCCAGCCAUGCCAGCCACACUCAAGUCCCUACUCCAGCAGCAGAGGGCAGCCAAAACAUCAGGGCAGUAGGGGGCAGCUUCCAUCACACCCUACCAGGAAGGACUCGUUUCUGUUUGGUGCAACAAGGACAGAAACAUUUUUUUUUACCGACAAGGCUGAGCUCCUGAGGUCGCUCAUUCAGACUAACAAAAAACUAACUGCCCAAAAAAUAGUUUACAGCUUCCACAUUUCCACGGUACAUUUAUUAAAAUGAAAAUAAAUUAAUUAAAAAAAAAAUCACUGGUGACAAAUGUUAUGUGACAAAAGUUAUUUUGGAAAACAAUAAUCUUUAAAGCAUACAUACAAAAUACUUGUUGGAGAGGUUUUUCUUUAACUGCAGCACCAUCUGCUGGAUCUGAUGGGGCACUGCACCAAUUGCCCUGAAACUAAAUUUUGUUCACUUUUUUUCGUCAUUUCAUAAGUAUGCGUGUAAAUGUUAGCGGGAGGAGCCCCACCUCUUUCCACACCUGCACCCCCUGCUUCUGAACACACACUAACAAAGCUAAUGCUAGCUAGCCUUAAAUACUUGACAUGGUUAUGCUCUAAUAUUCAUUAAAGAGGUUAGAUCUUAACAAUUAGCUAAAAUGUUAGCUUAGCCAAUUUUCAGUUAUCUGAGGUUCAAGUGAAAUAGUAGCAUUACUCAUAUUAGCAUCCUGCGUUCAGAGACAGGAAGUGUGCAUUAGCGCGACCAACUCCGGAAACCGAUCGUUUGUCAGUCGAGGCCAUCGGUGACCUAAUUUAUUUCGACUAAACGUCAAAGCGACGCGUGUGGCCAUGUUGUCUACAAACCUAGCAUGAAGCAACACGCACGUUGGCUAUCGAUGUCUUACUUGAUGACGAAAGAAAGAAAGAGUCUUUGCACCUGACUCCACCCUGACAUAAGAUCGGGGUUAAAAGAAAACAUUCAUUGACCUCUUUGUGUUAUCCCUUAGCAUACGUUAGCAUAUGUUGCUGCGGCUGUUGCUAUGAUUGCACAAGGUCCAAGUCAUGUAGUGCAUAGCUGAACUAGCCUCAACUUUAUGAGUCUUAACGUGCAUGGACUUGAUGACAAAAGACUUGACAAUUCAAAUUCAUCUAUUUGUUAGCAUCGUUUAUCAUCGAACUCUACUACAGCAACGUGAGUUUGGUAAAUGUAACGAAAGGGUUUUGAUUGUAUUUACAUUAGAGUUUAGCAUUAGCCUCAGCUAAAUAAACGCUUCAUGCUAGUCAUUGCAUUUGUAUUCUUGUCUUUUGAGUUAGCAUGUAGCUAACAAGCAUGAACUAACCACUCAGCUAGCCACUAGCUAACGAGCAAGAUUUGUAGUUGUGCUGCUUCAUUUUAUUUUUAGGUCACAAGUAGUUGUGUGAAUUUGAGGGCUGUCCUAUCAGCAUGGUUCCACAGUUGAUAAAUGUUAAUAAUGAGAAUUAUUAUUAAUAAUAAUAAUGGAGCGUGUGGUGUGUGAAUUCAGAUGUGAAUACUUUUUGUUUUUAUUAAAUUUCAAGAGUUUGUAUGAGUUUUGAGAGGAAGCAGCUUGUUGCACAAAUUUAUGUUCUGCAAAUAUCAAUCACAAUAAUCAUAUUUCUGGAAGAAAGAGAAGAAACAAAGAGGCAUUGAAUGGUCAGAUUACAAAAUAAACUCUAACACUGCGGUUGUUUGUUCAUCACUUGGUCACACACAGAUAAUUGAAUAUCUUAAUAAAACCAUAAGUGAUGUGA